AUGUUGAGUGUGGGGCAAAGCCUGCCUGGCGUGCCGCUGCGAGCAGAUGGUCUGCGGCAGACACCAAAACCUACGCACAAUCUGAAUGGUGAGUUUACCUUCGACACAUUUGUAGAAGGUAAGUCGAAUGAGUUGGCUAAAGCGGCAUCGCUGCAGGUCGCCAGCAAUUCAGGGAUCGCUUAUAACCCGCUGCUGUUAUACGGGGGUGUUGGUCUAGGCAAGACACACCUGAUGCAGGCGGUUGGUAACGAAAUACUGAAAGUUAACCCUGAUGCAAAAGUGGUAUACCUGCAUUCGCAGAAGUUUGUACAGGAUAUGGUUAAAGCGCUGCAGCAAGGUACCAUGCAGGAUUUCAUGCAGUAUUACCGCUCUGUAGAUGCACUGCUGAUAGACGAUAUUCAGUUCUUCGCAAAAAAACUGCGAUCUCAGGAAGAAUUUUUCCACGUCUUUAAUGCACUGCUUGAGCGUGGUCAUCAGAUGGUGUUGACCUGUGAUCGUUAUCCACGAGAGAUUGAUGGUCUUGAAGAUCGGCUGAAGUCGCGUUUUGUGUGGGGCUUGACGGUUGAAGUAGAGCCACCAGAGUUGGAAACCCGCGUUGCUAUUCUGAUGAAAAAAGCUGAAGCCGAGCGGGUUGACCUGGAUCCGGCGGUUGCGUUUUUUAUCGCGGAGCGAAUUCGUUCUAACGUGCGUGAACUGGAGGGUGCACUACGGCGGGUUAUAGUUAAACGUGCCCUGCGGGAUUUGUUUGCCAUUCAAGUGGCGAUGGCGCUGGCCAAAGAGUUAACAAAUCACUCCUUACCGGAAAUUGGUGAUGCGUUUGGCGGAAGGGACCAUACAACAGUGCUGCACGCCUGCCGCAAGGCGAAAGAUAAUCGUCUUGAAAUUACCGGUACAGACCUGGAAGUUGAAUUGGUUGCGGAAUGUGACGCGGAUGUUCAGCAGCCGGGUGCUGAUCGGGCGAUCGUGCGAUCUGGACGCAGCCGGUUUACGCUUGCAACAUUGCCCGCAGAAGAUUUUCCGAAAGUGCCCGGCGGCGAAGCCGAUGUUGCGCUGCAGCUUAAGCAAGCCGACGUCCGUGGUCUGAUUGAUGAAGUGGGCUUUGCUAUGGCUCAACAGGAUGUGCGCUAUUUUCUCAAUGGCAUGUUGUUUGAAGUAACCGGUGAGCAUAUUCGUGCCGUUGCUACAGAUGGUCACCGGCUGGCGAUGAGCACCAAAGAUUGCAGCAACCCUGGUGUUGCACAAAGGGUGCAGGCUAUUGUACCUCGAAAGGGUGUUUUAGAGCUGGCCAGGCUUUUAGAUGGCGAAGGUGAAACUAUUGAGUUGCAGUUGGGUGGUAACCACCUUCGCGCAAAAACAGGGGAAUAUACCCUGACAACCAAGUUAGUGGAUGGCCAGUUUCCGGAUUAUGAAAAAGUUGUUCCAACCGAUGGCUCAAGAGCACUGGUCGGAGAUCGCGAAACUCUGCGGCAUGCAUUUCAGCGUGCUGCAAUUCUGUCCAAUGAAAAAUACCGUGGCGUACGGCUGAUUGUUGCACCGGAGUUGUUAACCAUUCAGGCUAACAACCCGGAGCAGGAAGAGGCUGAAGAGAUUGUUGCUGUUGAGUUCAAUGGUGAUGAGCUCGAAAUUGGAUUUAACGUGAGCUAUCUACUCGAUGUGCUUGGUGUUCUGCAAACUGAUUCAGUCAGGUUGAGUGUUUCAGAUGCCAACAGUUCAGCCCUGAUAGAGGGUAUAGGUAGAUCUUUCAGAACGCACAGAAUCCAACCGGUGGUCCGACAGGGUGAAAUCGCGCUGGUGGUUACUGGCGAGGUUGUAUCCGACGAAGGUGUGAUCACAAAGCUGGGCACCCAACGCAGUACAAGUGGUACAACUGAAUUGCGGUUAGGCGGCGAAAAAACAGCAAAGGCCUCCGCUCUGGCGCAGAUUUUACCGAUUCAAACCCUGCUGCCUGACGCGGCAGACCUGGUCCUAGGUUCGCCAGGCGGGCGCAGAGCGUUUCUGGACUGGGGUUUGUUUCACGUGGAACAAACCUUUCUUGAAUCGUCUGGGUAUUAUCGGCGUGUCCUCAGCCAGCGUAACGCCUGGCUUAAACAGCUUGCAACGUCCCAGUCGACGAUUGCAGAGGAUCCCUGGUUUCAGCAAUACCGUGAUUAUGCGAUCAGUAUCAGCACUUCACGAGCUAAGUACGUAGCUGGGCUCUCACUGGUAUUCCGCGGGCUCAUGAAGGAAUUGAACGCCAGUCUCGACGUGGAGUUGAGCUAUGACUGGGGUGGCCUUGUGUCUGCUGAAGACGCAGAUAAAAAAGUGAGCGAAUCUUAUGCGCGCGAUGUAAAAUUCGGGGCGACACAGAGGGGGCCUCAUCGGGGUGAUUUGGUGUUCACUACGAAUGGGCGUCCCGCAGUGGAUGUGGUUUCACGGGGGCAGGCAAAACUGAUCGCUAGUGCAGUGCUACUGGCACAAGCGAAGCUACUCAGCGAUCGAAUCGGACAGCGACUUGUUUUCCUGAUCGAUGAUUUUGGAGCUGUAAUUGCUACCUCGACCGAAGCGCUGGAUUUAAGUGAUACUGAAGAUGGCACGGGGCUGCACCAUAUGGUGCAGGAACUGGUUGAUAACGCCAUUGAUGAGGCUUUAGCCGGCCACUGCGAUGAAGUAUUUGUAGUUAUGCAUCCAGAAGAGGCCAUUACCGUUAAAGAUAACGGGAGAGGCAUCCCGGUAGAUAUUCAUCCGGAAGAAAACGUCAGUGCUGCAGAGGUUAUUAUGACCACCUUGCAUGCCGGCGGUAAGUUUGAUGAAAACAGCUACAAGGUUUCAGGCGGGUUGCACGGCGUGGGCGUAUCUGUGGUAAAUGCCCUGUCAGAGCGACUUCUGCUGACCGUACGUCGGGAUGGCAAGGUUUACGAGCAGGAGUAUCGCGACGGUGUCCCCCAGGCACCGGUCAGAGAAGUUGGCGAAACUACCCAGAAAGGUGUACGCAUCAACCUGAUUGAUGAACGCACUGGCAAAGAGGACCUUUUUUACUAUGAAGGUGGCCUGAAAGCGUUUGUUGAAUACCUGAAUCGCAAUAAAUCCACUGUAAACGAAGAGUUUCACUUCAACAUCCAGCGAGAAGAUGGCAUAGGUGUUGAGGUUGCGAUGCAAUGGAAUGACUCUUUUCAGGAGCAGGUAUUCGCUUAUACCAACAAUAUCCCUCAAGGAGACGGCGGCACCCAUAUGGCAGGCUUCCGGGCAGCCCUGACUCGAACUUUAAAUACGUAUAUAGAGCGCGAAGGGUUGCUGAAAAAAGCACAGGUCACCACAACGGGUGAUGAUGCUCGUGAGGGCCUAACCGCAGUGGUAUCCGUAAAGGUACCAGACCCUAAAUUUUCUUCGCAGACGAAAGAGAAGCUUGUCUCCAGCGAAGUGAAAACAGCGGUAGAGCAGGAGUUGUACAAAUACUUCUCUCAAUACCUGGAGGAGCGCCCACAGGAUGCUCGCGCUUUAGUUGGAAAAAUGAUUGAUGCGGCUCGCGCCCGCGAAGCGGCGCGCAAAGCCCGAGAAAUGACCCGCCGCAAAGGUGCGCUGGAUAUUGCAGGGUUGCCCGGUAAGCUUGCUGAUUGCCAGGAAAAAGACCCCGCUCUCUCUGAACUGUUCCUGGUGGAGGGCGAUUCAGCGGGAGGCUCAGCGAAACAAGGUCGAGACCGAAGGACUCAAGCCAUACUGCCUUUACGGGGCAAAAUCCUGAAUGUUGAGAAAGCACGCUUUGACAAAAUGCUGGGCUCUCAGGAGGUUGGUACGCUGGUCACGGCGUUGGGCUGCGGUAUUGGUCGGGAUGAGUUCAAUAUAGAUAAGUUGCGCUAUCACAGCGUAGUGAUCAUGACCGAUGCGGAUGUGGAUGGUUCGCACAUAAGAACAUUGCUACUAACAUUUUUCUUUCGUCAGAUGCCCGAGCUGCUGGAAAGAGGCCAUAUCUUUAUUGCGCAACCACCUUUGUAUAAAGCCAAGAAAGGUAAACAGGAACGCUACGUUAAAGAUGAUGAUGAACUGACAGCAUACUUCCUGGAGCUGGCACUGCAGGAUGCCAAGCUUUUUGUAAAUAACGAAGCGCCGCCCAUUCAGGGCGAAGCGUUAGAGACUUUAGUUGUACAAAUGCAGGACGUGCUGAAACGCUUAACUCGUCUUGAACGAAAAUUUCCUGAAGUGGUCUCUCGGCUCCUUCUGCGCUUGCCAAAAGUAACCCCGGAGAUGAUGCGGUCUGAGACAGACAUGCGGGCUUGGGCAAACAGCUUUUCAAAACUGUUGGAAGAUGGGGUGGGCAACAAUGCUAGCGUUGAAGUUGAAUUUGAUAGUGAGCAUCAGGUUUAUAUCCCAAUCGUGAAUAUACUGCUUAAAGGUGCCACGGAACGCCUAAUCUUUAAUCAUGCAUUUUUCACUGGUGCAGAUUAUCGUGCUAUAGCAUCAACUGUAGAUGACUUAGAUGAGUUGUUGGGCGAAGGUGCUUACGUUCAGCGUGGAGAAAAAACUGAGGCGAUCAGUCAUUUCCAUGACGCUUAUAGUUGGCUUAUAGCGGAGGCUCGCCGGGGCGUAGAUAUUCAGCGUUACAAAGGUCUUGGCGAGAUGAACCCUUCGCAGCUCUGGGAAACAACAAUGGAUCCUGAUGUGCGACGCAUGUUGCAGGUAACAGUAGACGACGCUAUCGGCGCGGAUCAGAUCUUCACCACGCUGAUGGGAGACCAGGUUGUUCAUUUUCUCAUGCAUCUGAAGCAGCGUGGCGACGUCGAAAUAUCCCCUGCCGAUGCCAGAUUGAUUGGUGCAAACGGCAACGGCGAAAUGUUGUUGCAGCAUCACAAUGGCAUCAAUUGCUGCGGGUAUAGGUUGCCACUGGUCCGCGCUGCGGAUGAAGUCCGGCGAGUCUUCGUUGAUAACGCCGUCCCGGUCAAGCAGUAUCAGCUGCAGUGA